AUGUGUCAUUGUAGUGUUUUCGUCACACGCUUAUCGAAUCCUGAUCGGGAGAUCGAUCUCUCGAUGCUGUGUCUUCUUAUUGACGAACGCUGUUGUCCUACUUCAUAUAACAGCGUCUUUGGAUUACUUUCACCUAUUGAACAACUAGACCCUUUGGAUAUGUUCUCUGCAGGAAUAAAAAGGCUACAAAAACUUUAUAAACUUAUGUAA